AGGGCGGAGCGCGGCGGCGGGGAGGGCCGAGAGUUCGGGGCCGCCCCCCACGCACCUCCCGGCCCCGGCUCCCCGCCGGUGGAGAAGGGGGGAGGGGCGUGAGCUGGCGCACGCGCGCUCCCGGGAGGGAGAGGUCUCCGAGCAAAAGCGAGCAGCCCCAGUUUUCGGAAGGGAGCCUCGGGGCCGGGCCCAGGACCAGCGCACCAUGGCGGCCCUGCUGCUGCUGCUGCUGCUGCUGCUGCCGCCGCUGCUCCUGCUGCGGAAGCCGCACCUCUGGCCGGGGCUGCGCUGGCUCCCGGCGGACUUGGCCUUCGCGGUACGCGCCCUGCGAUGCAAGCGGGCUCUUCGAGCGCGCGCCCUGGCAGCGGCCGCCGCCGACCCGAGGGGCCCCGAGGGGGGCUGCAGCCUGGCCUGGCGCCUCGCGGAACUGGCCCGGCAGCGCCCCGCACACACCUUCCUCAUUCACGGCCCGCGACGCUUCAACUACGCGGAGGCCGAGCGCGAGAGCAACCGGGCUGCGCGCGCUUUCUUGCGCGCGCGGGGCUGGGGCGCGGGGCCCGGCGGCGGCGCAGAGGCCGAGCGGGCCGCGGGAGUGGCCGGCGCCGCGGCCCCUCUAGCGCCCGGGGACACCGUGGCGCUGCUUCUCCCCGCCUGCCCGGAGUUCCUGUGGCUCUGGUUCGGGCUGGCCAAGGCCGGCCUGCGCACAGCCUUUGUGCCCGCCGCCCUGCGCCGGGGUGCCCUCCUGCACUGUCUCCGCAGCUGCGGCGCGCGCGCGCUGGUCCUGGCGCCAGAGUUCCUGCAGUCGCUGGAGCCUGACCUGCCAGCCCUGAGAGCCAUGGGGCUCCGUCUUUGGGCUGCAGGCCCUGAAGCCCAUCCUGUGGGAAUCAGCGACUUGCUGGCCGAGGCCUCGGCAGAAGCGGACGGACCAGUGCCCGGGUACCUGUCUGCCCCCCAGAGCAUGAUGGACACGUGCCUGUACAUCUUCACUUCUGGCACCACGGGCCUCCCCAAGGCUGCGCAGAUCAGUCACCAGAAGAUCCUGCAGUGCCAGGCCUUCUACGAGCUGUGUGGGGCCCACCGGCAAGAUGUGAUCUACCUGGCCCUCCCCCUCUACCACAUGUCGGGCUCUCUCCUGGGCAUCGUGGGCUGCUUGGGUAUCGGGGCCACAGUGGUGCUGAAGUCCAAAUUCUCGGCCGGUCAGUUCUGGGAGGACUGCCAGCAGCACGGGGUGACAGUGUUCCAGUACAUAGGGGAGCUGUGCCGAUAUCUUGUCAACCAGCCACCGAGCACGGCGGAACAUGGCCAUAAGGUCCGGCUGGCAGUGGGCAGCGGGCUGCGACCUGACACCUGGGAGCGCUUUGUGCGUCGUUUUGGUCCCCUGCAGGUGCUGGAGACCUACGGGCUCACCGAGGGCAAUGUUGCCACUUUUAACUACACGGGACAGCUGGGUGCUGUGGGCCGCGCCUCCUGGCUUUAUAAGCAUGUCUUCCCCUUCUCUUUGAUUCGCUAUGACGUCACCACAGGGGAGCCGGUCCGGGAUGCCCAGGGGCACUGUGUGGCUACAUGUCCAGGUGAGCCCGGGCUGCUGGUGGCCCCGGUCAGCCAGCAGUCCCCGUUCCUGGGCUAUGCUGGGGGGCCAGAGCUGGGCCAGGGGAAGCUGCUGAAGAGUGUCUUCCGAGCUGGGGAUGUUUUCUUCAACACCGGGGACCUGCUGGUCUGCGACCACCAGGGUUUUCUCCGCUUCCACGAUCGGACUGGGGACACCUUCAGGUGGAAAGGGGAGAACGUGGCCACAACCGAGGUGGCGGACGCCUUGGGGUCUCUGGACUUCCUUCAGGACGUGAACGUCUACGGAGUCGCCGUGCCAGGGCACGAAGGCAGAGCUGGAAUGGCGGCCCUGGUUCUGCGUCCCCCCCACUCCUUGGACCUUGUGCAGCUCUACGCCCACGUUUCUGAAAACCUGCCGCCGUACGCCUGGCCUCGGUUCCUGAGGCUCCAGGAGUCUCUGGCCACGACGGAGACCUUCAAGCAGCAGAAGGUGCGGAUGGCAAAGGAGGGCUUUGACCCAAGCGCACUGUCUGACCCCCUCUACGUUCUGGACCAGCCUGGGGGUGCCUACCUGCCCCUCACACGGGCCCGGUACAGUGCCCUCCUGGCUGGGGACCUUCGCAUCUGAGAGCCCCCCCAUGCUCAGCAGCCCGAGGGAGCGACUUUGUGGCUCGACGGCAUGGCAGGUGUACUGGGGGCCGUCUGGGAUCUUUUUUAUACCAGAUUUGGAAUCAUUAUUUUGUAAUAAACGGGGCCAGAGCCAGUCGAGCUCUGUCUUUCUGAUAAGCA